CGCCCGGGGCAUUGGCACACGCGCUGGCGCUCCGCGCAGACGCGCGCACCACACCGACGACGCGCUCCAGCGCCCGUGUUGCCGACGUGUGGAGGAAAAGCGCUGCUACUGUUCCUGCUGCUUGUCUGCAAUGACGAAGUAAAAGUGCGCUGUGUGCCGAGGCAAGGAGGGCGCUAAUCUCUUUGACCGGUCCCCGAGGCAACGUUCUGCCCAUCGAACACCGUUCGCUCCGCUUGUUUGAUCGGUGAAUUAGCGAGCUGCUCGCUACACUCGGCUGCGUUUUGUCUGCGUUGCUCGGAAGUCGCUGACGUCGACGCACUUCGACAUGGGUUAGGCUGCCCUGAAAGGAUAGGAGCUUCCCUCGAUCCCAAGAAUUCUUGAACUGACCGCCACCGAAGUUUGAUAAACUGUUGAUCCCUCUUGUCUUUGUCGUCCUUCUGCUGAGCGCCGUCGCUUCUGCCAAGUUCGAAUGACUCGAAACAAGUGGUUCCGCGUCACCCAGCCCUUUUCGAUCUGCGGAAAUGCCUGAAGCCACCUGCUCGGCUGCUACGACGGUGGUAAUAACUUGAACACCAACAAAUUUGAUUCGGAGGACAUGACAACAUCAGCACAAGGAGCUACAGAAGCCCUGCUGACCGCUGUGAUCUGUACCGUCCUCUCGGUAUCGACAACAGCCGCGCCCGGCUCAGGGGCUUUGGCUGCAAACAGCGUCGAGCCACCAGAGAAGGUCGUGAACCCCGGCGAAAGCCUCAGUAUCCCAUGUUUCCUGGAAACACCCGGCGGCAGCGUGCAGUGGAUGCGUAAUGGGCACCCCGUGGUUCUCGACCUGGGCUCGGGAGGCGCAGGUAGCCGUCGCCAGUGGAACAUCUCACGCGACGGCACUGCCGCGCUCACCAUCACUCAGGUGACGCGAGCCGACGACGGCUUGUGGGAGUGUCGAGAGUUUGCCGACGACGACUCCGUCAGGAGGGUGACCAAAGUGCUCAAGCUCGUCGUAACUGGCGCUCCUGAAGAGCCGUUUCUGACGGUGAGUGGUGAGCGGCUGCAAGAUGGCUCCCGAGUCACUGUCCAAGAGCGUGAGGAGGUGGAGGUGGGCUGCGUGGCGCGCCGUGCCGUGCCCGCCGUUCGAAACAUGCACUGGAUGCUGGGAGAGACAAACAUGACUGGGGCCAGUCAGCUGUACGUGGAGUUCUCUCCUCAGGAAGACUCGUACACCACGCGCAGUGUGCUCAGCCUUAACGCGUCGCGGGAUCUGCACGGACUCCAGCUGUCCUGCCACGUGUACCACGUGUCAUGGCCAACCUCCACGGCCGUGGCCGCCUCGCUUGACGUUAUGUAUGUGCCGUCCUUCUCGAUCUCCCGGGAGCCCGGCUUCGGUUUCCCCAUCCUGGAGAAGAUGCCUGUGUCGCUGCAUUGCGCCGUGGACGCCAAUCCACCGUGCGCUCCGCGAUGGCUGAAGGACGACGGGCCGCCUCCCGUACCUCAGAGUCCUGACGGAUACCUCAACUUCUCGGCCAUCGAGCGGCAGCAUGCCGGUUGGUACCGCUGCGCCGCCGUCCAUCACUUGGGAACGUUCGCCUCAUUCGGAUACUACCUCAACGUGCGAUACGGUCCCGAGAUCGUCGAGCAGCCGCCGUCGCAGGUGUCGGCCGACUUCGGCGAGCCCGUGCAGCUGGACUGCAAGGCCGACGGCAAGCCGCCACCGUCCUACUGCUGGACGCGGGUGCGAUCGGGUCGGCUCGAGAGCAUGGCCUCCGAGAGCUCUCUCCUGCUAGACCCGGUGCUGUACUCGGAUGCCGGCAGCUACCAGUGCACGGCGACAAACCACCUCGGAUGGAAAGAAGAGCGUGCGCGCACCAGAAACAUCCUGCUCACGAUAUCAGGCCGACCCGACGUCCGAGCGGUGAAUAAAACCCUGAUGGCAAUUGUGGGGAAGCCUGUGAGGAUCACAGUGCUGGUCUGUGCCAACCCUCCACCGACACGAGCUUACUGGAUCGUAAGGCGCGUACUCCUGAGCCCUGGGGACGCGUCGCACGCCCAUUACGUCGCCAAGAACUACAGUAGUGCCGAUACGCCGUUUUGUCGAACCACGUCUCUCGAGAUUAGAUCAGUUCGCCCCGACGAUGGCGGAGAAAUACUGUUUGUUGCGAGAAAUCCGAAGGGCAUCGACGAUGCAGCCAUACUCCUCAACGUCACACAUCAAGCGAGCCUGUCGUUCACCGAGGAGAGCUCCUUUGCAGGCAAGAAGUCCUUUACCGUGCCUUCGGCUAUAUAUGUCAAGGAAAUCAAUUCAGCUGUAAAUGCUAAUGAAUCAGCGCGUUAUCACAGCAGUGCAAGAAAAAUAUUGUACUCGAAUUCUUACAAAGGCGAGGACUUAACUGGCUGCUACCAACAUGCAUGA